ACCUUGGAAAUAUACACCACACCGAAGCCUAAAACAGUAAAAUCCUUGAAAACAAAAAACCCAGCAAUUCCAAAAAAUUUCUCUCGGAUCUAAAAAAAAUCAAUAAAUCCCAUCUCAACACUAGCUGCCCCUUCUUCUUCCGCACUCCACCAAUAUUCGCGCGCCAUCUUCAGACAGCCGUCCCCGUGCCUGAUCUCGAUCUCAAUUUUUUUAAUUCAGGUUAUAUAGGUAAGAGAUUAUCAUGGCUGCCUCUGAAGAAACUAGUGCCCUAUUCCCAAUUUUUAUUUUGACAAUAAUGGCGCUGCCACUAGUUCCGUACACGAUAACAAAGCUAUGCCGGGCGUUCUCGAAGAAAAGCAAAAGUAUUCACUGUAACUGUUCCGAAUGCUUUCACUCGGGGAAGUAUCGCAGAUCUAUAUUUAAGCGGAUUUCGAACUUCUCUACAUUCAGUAACUUGACAUUGAUACUUUUAUGGGUCGUCAUGAUAUUCCUGGUUUACUACAUAAAGAAUAUGAGCCGUGAUGUUCAAGUUUUUGAUCCAUAUUCUAUACUUGGACUAGAACCUGGAGCUCUAGAGUCAGAAAUAAAGAAGAAAUACAGGAGGCUCUCUGUUCAAUACCAUCCUGAUAAAAAUCCUGAUCCAGAGGCCCACAAAUUUUUUGUUGAGUUUAUAACAAAGGCCUAUCAGGCUCUAACAGAUCCAUUGUCCCGCGAGAAUUAUGAAAAAUAUGGUCAUCCAGAUGGUAGACAGGGGUUUCAAAUGGGCAUAGCUCUUCCUCAGUUCCUUCUAGAUAUUGAUGGGCCAUCUGGUGGGAUACUUCUACUUUGGAUUGUUGGUAUUUGCAUUCUCUUGCCACUGGUAAUUGCAGUGGUAUAUCUAUCAAGAUCAUCAAAAUAUACUGGAAACUAUGUCAUGCAUCAAACUCUUUCGGCAUAUUACUACCUAAUGAAACCUUCUUUAGCACCGAGCAAAGUCAUGGAAGUCUUUACUAAGGCUGCUGAAUAUAUGGAAAUUCCAGUUCGUAGGACGGAUGACGAACCUCUUCAAAAGCUGUUUAUGUCAGUUAGAAGUGAGUUGAAUCUAGAUCUUAAGAACAUUAAGCAAGAACAGGCGAAGUUCUGGAAGCAGCACCCUGCCAUAGUUAAGACGGAAUUGUUAAUACAGGCUCAAUUAACUCGUGAAUCAGCAGCCCUUUCACCAGCUUUGCUAGGCGAUUUUAGACGUGUGCUAGAGCUUGCACCUCGACUUCUUGAAGAAUUAAUGAAGAUGGCAGUCAUACCACGCACUGCACAAGGCCAUGGAUGGCUAAGACCUGCAAUUGGAGUUAUUGAGCUCUCUCAGUGUGUAUUUCAGGCUGUUCCUCUUAGUGCAAGAAAGUCUACUGGAGGAUCCCCUGACGGAAUUGCACCCUUUUUGCAGCUUCCACAUUUUAGCGAGUCAGUUGUCAAGAAGAUAACACGCAAGAAGGUGAGAAAUUUUGAAGAUUUUUGUGAUAUGACCAUGGAAGAACGCCGUGAGCUGCUAGAGCCUGCGGGAUUCUCCUCAUCUGAAAUACAAGACAUUGAAAUGGUACUGGAAAUGAUGCCUUCUGUUACAAUAGAAGUUAAAUGUGAGACUGAAGGUGAAGAAGGUAUACAAGAGGAAGAUGUUGUCACUGUUCAAGCUACGAUAACUCUCAAACGUCCCAAUGGCCUAAUCCGUGCUCUCCCUCACACCCCACACUUCCCAGUCCACAAGGAAGAGAACUUCUGGUUUCUGCUUGCUGAUCCCACCGCAAAUAACGUGUGGUUUUCUCAGAAGGUAAAUUUUAUGGACGAAGAAGCAGCUAUAGUUGCUGCUUCUAAGACAAUUGAGGAUACCAUGGAGGGGUCUGGAGCAAGUGUCAAGGAGACAAGUGCAGCAGUCAGAGAAGCGGCGCAAAAGGUGCGGAAUGGCGCUAGAUUGGUGAUGGGCAAGUUCCCAGCACCCAGGGAGGGGAACUACAAUUUGACUUGUUACUGCUUGUGUGACACUUGGAUAGGUUGCGACAAAAAGACUAAUUUGAAGGUCAAAAUAUUGAAACGAACACGGGCUGGCACUCGAGGUGCUUCAAUCUCUGAAGAGGGACCGAUUGCUGAGGACGGGGUUGAAGAGGAAGAGGAGGAUGAUGAGGAGGAAUAUGAUUACGAGAGUGAAUAUAGUGAAGAUGAGGAAGAUGAAAAAGAUACAAAAAAGAAGGCCCCUGCAGCUAAUGGCGCAGUGCAUAAAGGUGACUCGAGCUCGGAGGAUUCGGGCACAGAUGAGGAAUGAGACACUUCAUUGAUUGUCAAUUAGAAUGAGGAAUGAGCUCCUUUACUUAUUCAGGCCUAUUAAAUUUAUGAUAGUUGCAGUGAAAAGUUUUGAUAUUUUUGAUUCCAUAAAGUGGAUUUUCAUAUAA